UUCUCACUCUGCUAUAUAAACAAACAGCUUCUCUUGUUUUACCUCCUCCUCGCCUCCAUUUUAGCUGCAGCGCCGAACCUCUCGCGGCAGCAGCAGCAGCCAUGGUGAAGUAUUCGAGGGAACCCGACAAUCCGACCAAGUCCUGCAAGGCCAGGGGAUCGGAUCUGAGGGUUCACUUCAAGAAUACCAGGGAGACUGCCCAUGCAAUUAGAAAGUUGCCCCUAGUGAAGGCGAAAAGGUAUCUCGAGGAUGUAAUCGCUCAUAAACAAGCCAUCCCCUUCCGGCGAUUUUGUCGGGGUGUUGGCCGUACUGCCCAAGCAAAGAACCGCCAUCCAAACGGGCAGGGCCGCUGGCCAGCAAAAUCUGCAAAAUUCAUCCUGGACUUGCUCAAGAAUGCUGAGAGCAACGCCGAUGUGAAAGGUUUGGAUGUGGACACGCUGUUUGUUUCUCACGUCCAGGUGAACCAAGCCCAGAAGCAGAGGCGCCGAACGUACCGUGCUCAUGGAAGGAUUAACCCCUAUAUGUCAUCACCUUGUCAUAUUGAGUUGAUUUUGUCUGAGAAGGAAGAACCUGUCAAGAAGGAGCCUGAUACUCAGUUGGCUCCAAGGAAACCCAAGAAAGCUCAAGCUCUUCGCAGCGGGGAUUCAUCUUAAGUGGACCAUAGGUAGAAGGCAGCUCUGAAAUUUUUGAAAAUUUCGGCUUCAUUUUAUGUUUUUCAUCAUUUCUGUAGUCAUGCAAUUGAGAACUUGGUGGUGUUUUGUUUGCCAGAAGUUUUGACAUUUAACUCUUAAGGUGUUCUUUUAAAAAAAAAUAAAAAAUUAUUCUAAAUAGUUAUGUUAAAAAUACUGUGGUGGAACCUCAUUAAAUUGGUUUCA